AUGCCAGCUUUUUGCAGUAAUUACACCAUUAGCUGCUCUCAGCCAACCCAACCUGCCCUGCUGGAGGCGCUGUCUCCGGUCUUUGACUUGAGUGACAUACGGCCUGUUAGGAACAUGUCAACAUGCACCAAUAUCACUACUUUCUUCACUCUGUAUGGGAUUCUAGGGGUGGUAUGUUCACCGAUCAGAACAUCACAUCACAUAAAAUGUAACAAGUGUGUAUACAGACUGCACUCUAAAACUCUUUAAGAUGAAAAGGCACAACUCUUGACCGCUUACAUUUGGCUACAGUGUUUGUGGAUGAAUGAAUUUGUCAGCUGGGACCCAGUCCAGUGUGGUACAGACAUGAUGUCUCUUCCCUCAAGCCAAUUUUGGAUUCCCGAUAUUGUAAUCAAUGAAUUUAUGGAGGAAAACAAGGCACCGCCUGCUCCCUAUCUGUACCUGUACAGUAAUGGUCAAGUGAAUCUCGCUAUACCUGUCAGAGUUGUUAGUUCCUGUAACCUCAAUAUCUACACCUUCCCCUUCGACAUACAAAACUGCAUUUAUACCUUCAACUCCUACUUGCACGAUGCAUCGGAUAUAAAGAUUUCUCUUGGAAGAUCUGCAGAACUAAUAACACAGAUGUCCCAGAGUGUGAUGGCCACCAUGGGUGAAUGGGAGCUGCUGGAAAUCACCGCCAGUAAACUCAAUCAUGAUGGAGAGGAUGACAAUGAUUAUUAUGAUGAGCUUGAAUUUCGUAUCAAAGUGAAGCGCCGGGCCACUAUGUAUGUGGUCAACCUCCUCCUCCCCAGCUGCUUUCUCAUCACAGUCGACCUCUUCAGCUUCCUGCUGCCACCACAGAGCGUGGACAGGUCUGCCUUCAAGAUGACCCUCAUCCUCGGCUACACCGUCUUCCUGCUCAUCAUGAAUGACCUGCUGCCGGUCACCGGAAACACCAUACCCCUCAUAAACGUGUUCUUUUCUCUCUGCCUGGCUCUGAUGGUGGCCAGUCUGCUGGAAACAAUCCUCAUCACCAACCUGCUGUGUGGGUCUGCUGACUUCUCUCCUGUCCCUCGCUGGAUGCGAGUCCUUGUUCUGCAAUUUCUGGGUGUUAUUGUUUGUAUGCCACGAAUGAAUAAGAAGCCAAGAGUUUCAGACCUUAAGACCAGGACUGCUGUGGCAGCUAUUGAAACUUAUGUGGGGCUUCAAGAGCCAAAGGGGCAAUCAGCGGAGGACCUGGCUGUGUAUGAACUCAAGAAACUGGGCAAGGACCUCCAGGCCAUUCGCCUGAAGGUUGAUCAGGAGCUAAACGACAGCCAAAGCUCAGAGGAGUGGAUGCAGGUGGGUUUCAUCAUAGACCGCCUGCUGUUUGGCCUCUACAUUCUCUUCAUCUCGGUCAGCUUUAUCACCAUCAUCAUUAUCUGGGUGAACUCGUACAAUAAGUAG